AUGGCGAACCGCGACCACGUCUCACUCGAACAGAAGAUCCAAGAGAAGGCAAAUCACCAUGAGCAUCUCGAGGAGCCAUCUCGAAACGUGGUGCGAGGAAGUCUGCGUGCCGACAGCGUGACACGCGCCUCGUUUGACCGUCGCCACUCGAUGACUUCGAUGCCCGGCACAGGCAGUCGCCGCGACAGCAUUCGGAAGAGCUUCGACAGGGCCAACGUGGCCAUGGUCUUCCCAGACUCGACCCACGUCGAGAUAUCCGACGAUGAAAUGGGAAAGAACUCAAUCGACGACAUCUCCCCAUCCUGGUUCGUCUGGCUGGUCGCCCUGACUGCCUCGAUCGCGGGCUCGCUCUUCGGCUACGACACCGGCAUCAUCUCCGCCGUUUUGGUCUAUCUCAACAAUGACCUGGACCACCGCCCGGUCUCGUCCAACGAGAAGGAACUCAUCACAUCUCUGUGCUCGGGAGGGGCUUUCGUCGGUGCCAUCAUCGCAGGCCUGACGGCGGACAAGUUUGGUCGCAAAAUGGCAAUCUACGUUGGCUGCGCUCUCUUCACUAUUGGCGCCAUUCUGCAAGCUGCCGCGUACUCGAUUGCGCAAAUGUCGGUCGGCCGACUCGUUGUCGGAUUCGGUGUGGGCUCAGCUGCCAUGGUGGUUCCCCUUUACAUCGCCGAGAUUGCUCCCACCAAAGUCCGUGGAAGGCUGAUCGGCCUGAACAACAUGUCCAUCACCGGCGGACAGGUAGUAUCCUACGGAAUCGGAGCCGCCUUCGCUCAUGUGACUCACGGAUGGCGAUACAUGGUCGGCUUGGGUGCGGUCCCCGCCAUCAUCCUCGCGUGCCUGUUGCCCUUCUGUCCAGAAUCCCCCCGUCAACUCGUCUACCACGGCCGAAUCCCCGAAGCGGAGGCGGUCCUGGCAAAGAUCUACAAGGGAGCCACGGCCGAACAGGUGCGAGCCAAAUGCGCCCUGAUCGCCGCCGCCUGCGAGGAGGCCAAAGAACUUAACGAAGACCAAUCUCGCUGGGCCAAGAUCAAGCAACUGCACACCAAGCCGGCCUACUUCCGCGCCUUGAUCUGCGCUUGUGGACUGAUGGUCAUCUCGCAAAUGUCCGGCUUCAACGUCCUGAUGUACUACUCCUCGACGCUGUUUGACAUUGUGGGGUUCUCCAAUCCUGUGGCCGUUGGGUUGGUGGUUGCCGGCACAAACUUCGUCAUGACCUGGGUCAAUAUGAUGCUUGUCGACCCCAUUGGCCGUCGACGACUGCUGAUCGCCACCGUCUGGGGCAUGAGCGCCGGUCUGGUGGCCGUCGCCAUCGCAUUCAGUUUUAUUCCUAUUGAUACCAAGACCUUGGCCAUUGAGACGACAAAGGUCACCACGCCGGCGAUCGUGGUACUCGUUUUUAUCAUUUGGUUCGUCUUCUUUUACGGUGUCAGUGUUGGCAACACCGCAUGGAUGUCGACCGACUUUUUCCCCAUGGAAGUGCGCGCCAUGGGCACCAUGUGGCUCACGUGCUCGUGCUGGGGGUCCAACAUCAUCGUCUCCUCGACAUUCCUGUCCAUGAUGAAGGGCCUCAGCCCGACGGGCGCGUUCGGCUUUUAUGCAGGAAUCUGCGGCGUGGGUUGGAUCCUGAUCAUCCUUUUUUACCCGGAAGUGUCGGGCCUGACGCUGGAGGAGAUUGGUGAGGUGUUUGAACACGGGUUUGGGGUGAGGUAUGCGAGUCAGUUGAGGAAGGAGAGGAAGGCCGAGAUCAAGCAGAGGAUCAAGGAGCGUGGGAGGACUAUUGCCGUUGGACACUAA